CUCCGUGUCGCCCAAUGGAAGAAGCUUUCGCUACGUGAUUGACAUAGCAGGUGGGCCCUGGGAGAAGCAGGAGCCUGAAGGAAGGGCGGAAGUAAGCUGGACAGAAGGGCGGAAGUAAGCUGGAAGGAAGGGCAAAAGCCGACUCGGCGGGGGCGGUGGAAGCAAGAUGGCGGCGGCGUGGAAGCUUGCGGAGUCCUGCGGCCUUUGGGUGCUCGUGGUUGUGGCUGCGGUGGUGCCUGCCCCUGGGGAGGCUUUGGGAACGCUGAACCUGCACGAACUCAGCGAGCUGAAAUAUGGGAUCGAGAUCGGGGCAGAGCCCGUCAUGGCUGGGCAGAGUAAGGCUUCAGAUGUCGUGACCAUCUCCUCCAAAUACAAGCAGAAAUAUGAGUGUCGGCUACCAGCUGCCGCAGUGAAGAUCCAUCAGGAGAAAGAUGAGGAUCCGCAGAGCUACACCGGACUGGGCGUCUCAGAACUGCUGAAACCCAUGGAGGCCGCUCCUUGCCUUAUCAAGACUAAGGACUGGUGGACAUACAAAUUCUGCUAUGGGAAGCACAUUCAGCAAUACCAUAUGGAAGAUUCUGAAAUCAAAGGUGAUGUCCUGUAUCUGGGGUAUUACCAGUCUGCAUUUGACUGGGAUAAUGAAACCGCGAAGGCUUCAAAGCAGCAUAAGCUGAAGCGUUACCACAGCCAAACCUACGUCAAUGGAUCCAAGUGUAACCUGAACGGGAAGCCCAGGGAGGCGGAAGUCAGGUUCCUGUGCGAAGAAGGCUCGAGCGACUACAUCGCCCGUGUGGAUGAGCCCCAGUCCUGCUCCUAUGUGCUGACUGUCCACACCACCCGCAUCUGCAACCACCCGUUCCUGCGACCGCCAUCUACCGCCACCCCCCAGACCAUCCGCUGCCACCCAGCCCUGAGCCCUGCAGAGUAUGUGGAGUAUGUCAAGGCUCAAGUGUCUGACACCAAGCGCAAAGUGGAGGAGAUUUCUGAAGAGCUGAAGACACUGGACACCCGACUGGGGAAUGACCGAGAUGCCAGCUCCGCAGCUCUGGAUUCAGAUGGAAAUGUGUCUCCGGCCCCUCCUCCUCCUGAGAGUGACUCAAGCGAUGAUGGCGACUUCUGGGCCAAAGUGCUGCGUGGAGAUGGGAAGGCAACCCAGAUGCCAGACCAAGGAAAGGAUGAAGAGCCCGUCAUGAAAACAGCAGACGAUCACCUAACAGAGUUCAAGAAAAAAAUCCAUUUCAAAGUUAUCCGGAACCCCGGGGAUCUGGUUCAGUUCAUUCAUGAGCUGAAAGACAGUGCCAGGAAGCAUAAAGAGAAAGCCAGCCCGUCAGAGGAGGCCGCUCAAGAGACCCCUCCAAAAAGCGAGCCGGCAUCGGAGGCAGAGCGCUCUGAGGAAGGAGGAGGACAAGAGGAAGAGGAGGAAGACCUGCUGGGGAAAUUUGAAAAGGAACUGGAGGACAUCUUUCUGCCCAAGUCGGAGAUGGCCAAGCUUAAGGAAGAGGUGAAAUCGGAGAUGGAGAAAGAGUUUGACAACAUCAUUGAUGAGGUGGAGGAUGAGCUGGAGACGGAAGGCCUGAAGGGUGAAUUUGACCGCAAGCAGGCCUCCAAGUCUUUGGCUUCCACCCUAAAUAAGCUAAUUGACAAGCUGGAUCCUGGUCCUAAGAAAGGAGAUAAGGAGGAGGAGCCACCCCAGCCAGAGGAGGAGGAAGAGGUGCCAGCAGUUGGAGAAGAAAAGGCCACUGAAGACAGUAUGGUCACAUCAGCAGCAGAUGAAGAGUGACUCCAGAUGGGAGGUGUGGAAAGAUCAGGGACUCCGCGAGAAUCAGCAGCCAGGUAUUGGCGGCUCUAGCAGAAGCUGACCUGCAGAGUUAGAGAAUGAGCAGGGGACAAGCCACAACUCGCCCGCCUCAUAAGUAGAGAGUGUUGUGAAGGACCUGUUGGAAAAGGAGGGCCUUAAGGCAGA